AGACUUUCUGCAAGAAGCAUGUAUAAUUCAAUAAACUGAUAUCUUUAAAUAAAUAUCAUUUUAUAGUGAUAUAAAGAAAUGAUAGAAGGGGACCAGACUGAGACAGAUGUCAGUUGUUUUAUGACUGAUGACAGUAAUCCAAGUGAGAAAUGUGAGGACCAGAAAUGCAGGGAUAAUGACAAAUUUGAGAGAUAUUUAACAAAGUAAAACCAACAGAAGUUGGGGUUGGGGAUGAAUGAUGGGGAUAGUGGAGAAUAAAUGAGAAAAGUGAGGAGUCCAAGGUAUGAUGGGUUGGAUGAUUGUGCCAUGCCCUGAGACAGGAAAUACAGUGGACUCUCUGUACAGUGGGGAGUCGGGAGGAGAUGGUGUUUUGGGGGCUGCUGAGUUUGAGAUGCCUGGGGACCUCUAGACAAAGACAGCUAGUAGACAACAGGAUACAGGUCUGGCACCUCAGAGUGAUACCAGUUGAGUAUACAGGUUUAGGAGUCAUAUCAUUAAUUUUUUCAUAAGGAACCCCACGGAGAGCGUAGAGAGAAGCAUUCUGAACUGAGGAUGAAGCUCUAGGGAAGGGUGAGGUGAAUAAAGGGAGAGGAGGCUGACGAUGCUAAGCCCAAGGAGAAAAUCAGGAGAGUGUGACUUAGUGAAACCAAGGGAAGAGAAUUUCAAAAAGAAAUGGACAUGGCAGAGAUGAGAAAUUUCAGGUAAGAUUAAAGACUAUUCUUUGGGGUGUUAAGAUCUUUAUUGAGCUUAAUGAAGCUUUUCUUUGGUGGAGUAGUUUGAGAAGGGAGCAGGAGGUCAUAGGUUGGAUAAGUGAAUGUAGAUUACCCUCUCAGGAAGCACAGGUCUAAUAAAGAGGGUAAUAGUUCCAUAGCUAGAUGGGGACAUAGGCGAUUUUAUACCUCCUCGACUCUACUUCCUCACCUAUAAAAGGAGAAAAAUAAUGCCUGUCUAGCCAUGGUGUCAUGAGGAUUAAAAUCUAUUACUAAUAAUAUUUUAUGUUAGAUUGACUGUUUUAUAAUAGAUUGAUUCAGUGAAAGGACAGAAGAACAAUUUGCUGCUAAUCACUAUGUUUUCAUUUUCAUCAUAUCUUCAUCAAAGUCGGGUGAAUAACAACGCACAGAGUUGAUUGGCUUUAUAUUUCCCUAGUUCAAGUUUUUUGAUUGUAUGUAACUGAGUUUGUCCUCAGAAAAUAUUAACAUAUCAUUCCUUUGGCACUUAGAACAAGGACAGUUCAAGUUUGGUCUGAGCAUAAAUGGAGUUAAGGCGGAACAUUUCCUCCCUCACCCACCUUUACAAACUGAAGAAAUGGCCUCAGAUGGAGAGUUUAAGAGCAAAUGUCACUUGCUUUAUGGAUCAGUUUGACCCACUGAGAAUUCCUGUUGUGGAUUAGUUCAAUAUUCAAACAUUUCUUUAGAUCCAACUCAUGAAAUAUCUAGCCACUUUUCAAGUUCUGACUUAAGAUUUCAAAAGACUAUCUGAGUCUGUGCUUAAAUGAAGUCAUACAGCUGUGGACGUGACAUAACAAUUGUUGCCAGCUCAUAGGGAAAUAGGCAACAGCAGGGAAUGCCAGGUCCACGGUACUGGUGCAGGAAGCAGGCAACUACUAUGAGUUAUCCUAGUCAAAUCCAAGGCUCAAAGUUAGCAAAUUUCCCAGGAAGGCAAUGAUAGAAGCCACAAACCACUGUUCAUCUCUCAAGCUACCAAAAACGCUACAGGAUUAAGCCAAAAUGACAACUGCUCAAUUUGACUGUCAACACUGCACGGCAUCACUUCUUGGGAAGUAUGUACUAGAGGAUCACAAUCCACACCGUGUUACUUGUUAUGAUCGUACCUCUGCUAACUAUUGUGAGGAGUGCAAAGAACCAAUCGAAUCAGAUUCCAAGGAUCUUUGUUACAAAGGUCAUCACUGGCAUGAAGGAUGCUUCAAUUACGCCAAAUCCAAUCAGUCUUUGGUGGAAAAGCCUUCUGCUGCCAAGGAUGAGUGCCUGCUGUGCUCCAAGUACUAUUCUAACGAGUGCUCCUCCCAGUGCUUCCAUUGUAAGAAGACCAUCAUGCCUGGUUCCCGGAAAAUGAAAUUUAAGGGAAACUACUGGCAUGAAACCUGCCUUGUGUGCGAGCAUUGCCGACAGCCAAUAGGAGCUAAACCUUUGAUUUCCACAGAGAGUGGCAAUUAUUGUGUGCCGUGUUUUGAGAUGGAGUUUGCUCACUACUGCAGCUUUUUUAAGGAGGUGAUGACUUCAGGUGGGAUAAUGUUUUGUGACCAGCCAUGGCAUAAAGAGUGUUUUCUGUGCAGUGGCUGUAGGAAAGAGCUCUGUGAAGAAGACUUUAUGUCCAGAGAUGAUUAUGCAUUCUGCUUGGACUGCUACAAUCAUCUUUAUGCCAAAAAGUGUGCCACCUGCACCAAGCCUAUUAUUGGUCUCAGAGACACCAAGUUUAUCUGCUUUCAAGACCGCCAGUGGCACAGCGAAUGCUUUAACUGUGGGAAGUGCUCAGUCUCCUUGGUGGGGAAAGGCUUCCUGACUCACAACAAGGAAAUCUUCUGCCACCAAUGUGGCUCUGGGGUGGACACUGACAUGUAGAAGGAGACAGUCCUUCCGCACCUGAAAUCCACCUUGCUUUUGUUCUCACUAAAUCCAGAAC